AUGCCUGGAAUCCUACCCAUGAAAGUAAUCAAGGUGGGCACGAGCUCACAGAGCCGUAUCGCACAGGCGUGUGACCGAUGUCGCAGCAAGAAAAUUCGCUGUGAUGGCAUCAGACCAACGUGCACCCAGUGUGCAAAUGUUGGUUUUGAGUGCAAGACGAGCGACAAGCUCAGCAGGAGGGCGUUCCCCAGAGGCUACACCGAGUCUCUCGAGGAACGCGUCAGAGCAUUGGAGGCCGAGGUUCGCGAUUUGAAGGAUUUGCUGGACGAGAAGGAUGAGAAGAUCGACAUGUUGUCGAGGAUGCACGGUAACAGCAGGAGACAGUCGGAAGGAUUCUCUGCUACGCCGCCUCGAGAUCCAGCCAGGGACGCAUCGGGUAGCCCCAAAAUCAAAGAAGACACAUUCCGAGUCUCGGCAUCGCCUUUAGUCCUAGGGGUUGAAAACUCGGACUCAUACCAAAUGGGUCCGUCUAGCGGUCGUGCUUUCAUUGAGACAUUCAAAAGGAAACUGCAAGAGGCUGGAAAGCCUUGUGCUGACUUCAACCCAGAGUCUUUCUUACACAUACAAGGCUGCUAUCCUCUCCUGCCACAUCCACCCAAGGAGGAGCAGUUGCGCGCUCCACCUCGCCUGUUCUCCGAUCGAUGUGUUAAUGUCUUUUUCCAAGAAUGGGCGCCUCUGUUCCCCGUCAUCCACAAGCCUACCUUCCUCCGGAUUUAUGAGGAGUUUGUGGCUGACCCGGAAAAGGUCAAGAGCCACCAUAAGCUGGCGCAGCUACAUCUGGUUUUCAGCAUCGCAGCAAUAUCUGUAGAAAAUCCCGACUUGGAUCAGAUCGCCAUAUGUGAGCAACAGUGGCGCAGGUCUCUUGCAUUUGUUUUGAUGGACAACACUAUGGCUACACUCCAGUGUCUCAUACUGGCACUCAUUUUCUGCGCGAUCAGGGCGGAUUACAAGCGUCUCCAGUAUUACAAAGGCAUUGCAGUUGGAUUGUCUCACAGGCUCGGCCUCCACCAGUGCCAAAAACAGUUUUUAUUUGGGCCAUUGACGCUCGAGACGCGGAAAAAGGUCUUCUGGACGCUCUACACAAUGGACUGCUUUACCGCUGCAACUCUGGGCCUCCCGAGGCUCCUGAAAGAUAUCGAUAUCCACGCCGAGUACCCCUCCGAUGUCGAUGAUGAAUAUGUCACCGAGAAAGGAUUUCAACCAACUCUUCCCGGCGAGUACACGAGAAUAUCUAGCGCCCUAGCUCUGUUCCGAGCAACCCGGAUUUUGGCAAGUGUGUUGGACAAGAUCUACCCAGCCACAGCAGCGCACGAGCUUUCGUUGCAAAAAAUGGCAGCCCUUGCAGCGGAGCUGGAUGAGUGGAAUGACAAGCUUCCACAGCAUCUGAAGCUCACCUUCAAGCAAGACAAGCCCUCUACCGACGUGACUGGCAGCCGGUCGCCCCUUUUGGCCUUUGCUUAUUACUAUAUUCGGACCCUGAUUUUCCGCCCUGCCCUGGGCUCAAGCCUGGGACCAAAGGCUGCGCCGGCUAUGAUUGCUGUGGGGGAAUCAAGCAAGCACAUGAUCCAGAUCACUCAGCUUCUCGAAGAAAGAAACAUGUCUUUCUCACUGUGCCUGAACAAGCCGGAUACGCUGAUAUUGUGCGGCAUGGGACUACUCUACCACUCGCUUGAUCUGAAAUCAGGUAGCAAAACGAUGCGGGACACCGAAAGCCUGGUAGGCUCCGUGAUCAAGACUGUUGAAACUGCGAGAGCGUCAGGAUCAUAUGAUUUCAAACGGGUUGCCGGCUUGCUGGUCCCAGUGGAGGAGGCAAGAGAACAGCGAGGAGCGCUGCCUACUCCACCAAGCCACAGCCCCGAAGUCAUCAUGGCAGCACCGACACAGAGACCAUCCCCACAAAUGCCACAACCCGUGAUGCCACCGAGGAAUACAGUGUUUCCAUUCGGCCGUCACACUAGCGCCACAAUGAGUGAGACGGAUCUUCUUCCCCAACAGGAGAAAUUACGGAGACUUUCGAUGCCACAAAGUUCGACACGACCUGAAUUAGCGCGUGCCGACUCGAGGUCGUCCUUUGACGGCAACAAGAGACAAGACGUGAAAAAAUUGGCCAAGAGAGAUCAUCGACUGUCGCUGUCGAUGACACAAGCACAAAUGAUCGCGAGAUCGUCGUCGCAUCCUAGGCCAGGCGCCCAGGGCCUAGACUUUCUGCCUCUGGGAGGCCCGAAGCCGCAACACCACCAGAGUUCGCUGCCUCCAUCGCCCGUCCAGUCGCGACCCCGUCAGCAGUUCCAAGAGCAGCACUGCCUACCAAGGAAACCAGAACAGAAGAUGUCUGGUUCGGGCACCGUAUCAACGACGGCCGAGUGGGAGGCGCUCUUGGGAUCGAUGGAUGGCGGGCAGGUCAACGUUUACGACGCCAUAUACGGCGGACCCGGCCUAUCAUCCUUUACGGCGACGGAAACUCAAGCGCCAGCCACCUCGGGUGGGUGGUCGCCAGACUCUUGGGAUCUCUCUGGGAUCACAAUUGGAGGAACCAACGGAGGAGAGUUUGACGUUUCUUCGGCACCAGUAGCUCAAAGCGUCUUGAGCAUCAGUGAUGAGAGUCUAAGCUCAGCAGGCGAGGAGCUCGAAAUAACUGGGCUAGACUUUGGUCAUCAUCACCAUAUGGUAUCAACAACAAUGCCGGGUACAUCGGAUGGGUUGAUCAUGGAACCUUUGAAUGGGCGCUUCGGGCUAUGA